AUGGUGGGUCCCGGAGACGCCGGCGAAGCGGUCGCGCCGAAUAAGGCCGCCGGCGCUCACGCCGCGUCGCACCCGGCGCGAAUGUCCACGCGCGCGCCGAGGGUCGACACCGUCAUCGCGCAGGCUGGCGGGGUGGCGCUGGGCAUCUGCCCGGGGCGGGGCGCCAACCACGGCGACACCACCGGCAGCGUCAUCCCGCCCAUAUACCCGUCGACGACGUACGCCCGCGAUCCGGAGACGUACCUUCCGCGGCCGCUGAUGGGCGCCGCGCGCGUCCCGAACCGCGUCGUCGCGACCGCCAUCGACGCACCGGCGCCGAACCGUCGCGAAGGCGCAGACGACGACCGGCCCGGUCGAUUCACCACCCUCGAAUCCGCCCCGGCGCACCCCGGCAAGAACGUGUACGCCAGGCCGGAUAACCCCACGUACGUCCAGGCGGAGGCGGUCAUCGCGGCGUUGGACGGCGGCGUUGGAUGCGCGCUCUUCUCCUCCGGGAUGGCGGCGGCGUGCGGCCUGGCCACCGCGCUGCUCAAACACGGCGAUCGGUGCGUGUUUCCAAGGCACUCGUAUUUCGCGUGCCGAGAGUACUUUCGCCAGCACUGCGCGCGCAUAGGAUGCGAGUUCAGGCUGUACGACUGUCGCAAGGGUAAGCUCCACGAGCACUUGAACGAGGGCGCGGACCCGAGGACGGACGAGGAGCUGUGGCGAACCGAGGGGAGCAGCGUCGAGACGGCCAUCGGCACGGAUGGAAAAACCAAACUCGUCUGGAUCGAAACCCCGGCAAAUCCCACGUGGGACGUGACGGACGUGCGACGCGUGUGCGACCGCGCGCACGCGUUCGGCGCGAGCGUCUGCGUGGAUAACACCGUGCUGACGCCGCUGUGCUGCGCGCCGAUCCGCCUCGGCGCGGACUUUGUCAUGCACUCGGCGACGAAAUAUCUCAACGGCCACUCCGACGUCGUCGCCGGGGCGGUGGUGGCAGCCGUAGACGACGAGCGGUGGGGAGCGGUCAAGUCGGCGAGGGCGAUGAACGGCGGGAUCCUCGGCUCGUUCGAGGCGUGGCUGCUGCUGCGCGGGAUGCGCACGCUGCACGUGAGGGUGCGGCGGCAGUGCGAGUCGGCGUCGUAUCUCGCCAAGAGACUCGCCUCGCAUAAGAACGUGAGCCACUGCCUGUACCAGGGCCUCGCGUCGCACCCCGGGCACGAUGUCGCGACGGCGCAGAGUACCGACGGCGUUUCCUUCGGCGGGAUGAUGAGCAUACGGGUGAAGGGCGGUGCGGACGCGGCGAAGAGCGUGUGCGGGCUGUGUAAGAUUUGGGUCCCGGCUACGUCGUUGGGCGGGGUGGAGUCCCUGAUCGAGCACAGGGCCACGCUGGAGGGCGGGUGCCUGGGCGGCGACAGCGGCGUUCCCGACGACCUCCUCCGUCUCAGCGUCGGCCUCGAGGACCCGGAGGACCUGUGGAUCGACCUGAAGGAGGCGUUGGAAGGGAAGAAACGCAAAGACUCUGACUACUUUCUGGAUCUCGCCGGCGCAAAGCCGGACGCCGCCGCAGCCGCAGCCGCGGAGUUUGACCGCAAACGAAAGGCCGAGUCGUGCGCGAUCGCGGGCAAGCGCGGGCACUACAAGGACCGCGUCAGGGUGACGGUCGACGGGGUCGAGGCGCCGGUGGGUAACGUGUGCAGGCGCGGGUGCGCGGGCCUCGACGUGCCGGUGUCUGAUAAGAGCGUCCACGCCAAGGUGAAGGGGGUGUCGUACUGCGCGAGGAGCGACGGGGCGUUUCCUGAUUGGCUCCGUGCGAGGUUUCCGGGGAUAAGCCUGGAUGACGUGGAGGCGGCGGUGGCGGCGAGGCCGGAGCUGCGAUGGGGGGAGAGGCUGCCGCCGGCGACGGCAAACGGAGGUGGGGAGUAGAUGAGUUUGUCGUGAGAGGAUGUUUGAUCACAGCCGUUCGGCUCGACAGUCCUUGCAACGAGAGCGCUGACGACCGUGCUCGCAGAUUUGAGACCC